AUGUUCUCCUUAUGUCGGCGCUACAAAGAUGAACACGAGCAUGGCGGGACCCAGAUCAAAGGCGGCUAUAUGCUACGGUACAAACGGAAGUACUUAUGGAGUACGUGGUCGGAGGAGUGGGUGGUGCUCUACGAUGACUCUACCAUGGCCUGGUUUAAGGACGCUUCAGGGAAAUGCAUGGCAACUCAAAAGCACUUAGUGAAGGAAUGUCCAGAAAUGCUGGCUAUAUCAACUUGGACAGGGCAAGUGCCUCGACGACCACCGCUGCCGCCCGGAGCACGAGUGUCUCAACUAAUGGUCCUUGGAUCGCGGAGGAACCCUGGCCAUGUGGUCUGGAUGCUUGCGAAAUCCGACUCGGAAAUGAAGGAAUGGAUGUCUGCGAUUACAAAAACUCUGCCACCGCCCCCGCAUAUCGAGCUCGUGAUGUCGAUGCCGUACCUACGAACCGCCUUCAAAAGACCAACAGUACGAGUUAGACCAUCAACAUCUUCAGAAAUGUAUGCACGGUCUUCGCGAAACGCUGUAGGAGCGCUGGACGGCCGUGGACUGGUUGCUGUGAUCAAGAGACAAGUGCCCCUGGCAGGGCAGCUCGAUCAUGAGCUCGCUUGGGGCCAGGGCUGGGGAUGGGUCACAUUACCGAAUGGAGUUUGGAGUGGACGUCUCACCUGGUCCCAAGAAGGUGACGACUUCGCUCUUCACGCGAUGCCGAUCAUGCACCACACCAAUGUCUCCCAAGCGUGCUCUGUGCUGGACGGCGUCACAGCGUACGAAGCAUCCGCCUAUGAACAGGCUCUCGCAGAAUAUGACGACACUGCCACUACAUCUGACGACUGGGACUUCGGAGUUGAUUGUGGAGAUUUUAUGAUG